AUGCACGUCAUCAGCUACGCCUCCAAAGCCGUCACGGCAGGGAUUGGCGUCGCCUCAGAGGCGGUUGUUGAGAUCAAGAAUCGACGAAAAUCUUCUGUAGAUCAGCAAAAUGGUCACUGUGAAGGUGACGACAAAGACCUCAAGGACGACAGCGAGAGUGACAUGGAUAUUGACGAAGAAGAAUGGACACUAGAUGAAGCUGCUACCGAGUUUCAAGGCUUUGAGCCACAGCAGAGCCCGGACGAUAAGAUGGGGCCAGACGCCGAUGACAAGAGUGCAGCUUUCCUUGUUGCCAAUCACAGCGUCCCCAAGGCUGGCGAGACGCACACACGUCUGCCACAACCGCACGAGGUUUCAUCCGCGCCUACGCACCCGUCCUCGAGUCUGCAGGGAUCGACCAACAACUGUUCAUGGGACUUCCUCAACAGUUUUGACAAGGCUUCGAAGGCCUCUCCUGUCUUCGAUGUCGUCAACCUUGCUGCCCUGGGAGUGGGCUUGAUUCCCAGCCCGAUUACUGGACUGACCAUGGGCGUGUCGAUAGCCAUUCAGUUUGCCAGCAACACUGGCAAAGAGCUCCAGUCGAGAGUUCGACGCAACACAUACCUUGACACGGUGAAUCGAGAGCUGUUCAUGCCGCGUGGACUCUACUGCAUGAUCAUGGCGUUCAAACCUGACAGUCCUUAUGACCCUAUCCUUGGACUCAACAUCAAUGCCAGGGCGUCGGACGGGGUCCUUACUGCAGCAGAUGCAACUCCAGAUGGAGAUCAAUACGCCGCCUCUGACACUCUUGUGAAAGAGCUGUCUCCAACCCAAACCCCUAAGAUCAGAUCGAGAAUGAAGAAACUACGGCUGAACGCUGGCACCACCACCGGAGAAGCCUCUCUCCCCGAAGGUGCACCUCUGGUAUAUCCCGCACUUGAGACUGCCGACGGUACACCUUUGGGAAAGAAAGGAUCGAAUGGUAUCAGAACCACGGCUGCGUUCCUCGAUUCGUACCUUGAUCGACGUGCACAAGCACGCUGGGCAGCUCAGCAUCCAGACAGCCAGCUUGCGAGCAUGAACCCGCCGUCGGAGAAGAAGUUUGUGAACCGCUUCUCCGAUCCCAAUCACCCCAUCCACAGUGGUACCAUCAUCGGACCACUGACCGGCGGAAAAUGGGACCCCGUCGCUGAUCUUAGGGCCAAACGCGCCAUACGGCGUGCUCGACGCAGAGGCGUAGAGUUGAGUGAGGCGGAAAUAUGGAAUGCACGCAUGGGAAGGUCAACGGCGACUGGAGUCGUCGGGAGAAUCUUGCAGAGAGACGUCUUGUACAUGAUUGUGACGAACCUGCCGACCGAGGCUGAGAUGAGAGCUGCUAACGAGAGUCUGGAGGAGGUCAAAGCCAGAGGGGAAAUCUCGCAGCCGCAAUGA